GUGUCAGAAAUAUCCCAAGGUCUUGGAAUGAAUUUCGUCCUCUGCUACUAGUUAUCUAAAAAAAUAUUUACUUUCCGUUUCAUAUAGAUAAUAAAGUGCUAACGAUAACAAAUAAACGGUGGGUCAAUUUGCAUAUUAUGUAAAAUACAGUGUAUAUGAACGCAAUAACAAUUAUAUUCCGACAUCCGUCGCAUUGAAUUAUCCGAUUGAUGUAAGACGAUGACUACAAUAGUACAAAACGGGGACGACGACUCGUUUAUUAUCCUGGGCACAUCUCCUGGCUCCAGCCUGGACAUGAAGUGCCUUGAGAACGGUCUGGAGACCGGCGAGGUGACCUUGGACAAGGAACAGAUGGAAGAAGCCAUGAAGGACCUCUCGGACGAAGCCAAUAUGGCCUUCAAAGCACAUUUCAAGCUUGGAGACUGUCCAUCUCCAGCUAGCAUGAUGGUAGCCAGCACCAUCAUUACGGACGACAGAAGCACAGAAGAGCUCCAGAAGCGAUUCGGGGAGAUUCUGGACGAAAAUGUGAUAUUGAAGGAGACUUUAAAACAGAAUAAUGAGUCUAUGAAGGAACAGUUCCUGCUGAUAGCGUCCUGCCAGGAGGACAUGAUGAAGACUCAUGUUCUUCACAAGGAGAAGUUUGAAGAGACCAAAGGAUUGGUGGAGAAGCUUCGCCAAGAAAACAAAAAGCUGAAAUCUGAAAUAGCAAGGUUAGCUGACACCGAAGCGAAAUCUUUAGUCAGCAGUGAGACUGGCGAGUCAGUGGUGGCCACCAAUGUGGCGGACCCUGCACCUUCGGGCCCAUCGUCAGCCCUGGAGUUCGUGACGUCACCAGAUGACGAUACCAUCAACAAAUUGACCUCGCAGUUGGAGCUCGUGGAAAAGCAAAGGAGACAGGUGAUAGUAGAAAAUGAGAAGUUGACGUGGCAGAAAGAGUCUCUGGAACACAUAGUGGACGCCACAUCGAAGGAGAGAGAUGACCUCAAAGAAAAACUCAAGAAUGCUGAGCUUCUUCUAUCGACUAAGGAUACGGACCACGCAACAGAGGUCAACGAACUCAAUUAUAUGAUACAAGAUCUACAAGCACAGUUGCAGUCUGCCACUAAUACUUAUGCCAGUAUAUCAUCAGAGGAGGUGGCCAAACGUGACCAGCUGAUGCACCAGCUCGAAGGCAAGGUCACCACGCUACAGGCUGAACUCAAGACUGCACAGCUCAAGAUAUUGGAACUCGAAACUGUUAAGCUGGAGUUUACGAAGCUCAAGUCAGGUGUCUCCGAAGCCAUCAGGAUAUACAAAGACCAGAUACAGGAUCUACACAUCAGGCUCAAGGAGGCCGCUACUACUGUGUUCCAACCGGUUCGAUUCUCGAUCAGUUCAGAAUCUGAGAACUCGUCGUCGUCGGAGUUCGCGAGUCUGAUGUCGAACGUGAAGCUUUACGACAAGACGCUCAAACAUUUAGCCGAGUUACUGAAUGCGCUGACGCAUGGUAUGUCAGACAGUCUAGUCCAGACCCUCGGCUUGAUAUCGAGCCUUCACGACUACAAGCUGGAGAGGGUGACGGCAGAGCAGUUCAAGGCCGGCCUCACUGAGAUUAAGCAGCAGAUGGAGAAACAACACAGCACUGCGCUUAAUAAUAUCGGUCAAGUGCGAGGCACGCUGUCAAUAUUCGAGGGUAUAUUCAAGGAGUACAGCGAGGUGCUGAAGAAGGCGGUGUCCCCUAUGCCGCGCGUGGAGCGGGCGCCCAACGUGGAGGCGCUGACGGCCGCGCUCGUAGCUCGCGGGCAGGAGCUCGCCGCGCUGCAAGCAGAGCUCGCCAGGCUCCGGGGGCAACAGGAUGAUACUGAGCUGCUUAAGGCUCAGAUGGAUUUGUAUAAGAGUGAUUUUGAAGCGGAGAGAGAGUCACGUCAGAAGAUGGCGAGUGAGAAAGAGAAUCUACAGACAGACGUCAGGACGUUACAGAAACGGAAUCAGGAGCUCACGCAACAGUUGGAGGAAGUCCGCAAGAUCAACCCGUCAGUAUACCGGUCAGCGACGAGUAGUUCCCGCAGCAGUACGAGCCGGGGCUCCACGUCUACAGUGCGCACUACGCCCACGCGACCGGCGCCUGCGCAGCCUGCCACUACCGGGAACAUGGUGUUCACAUGUCCAAAAUGUAUGAGAUUCUCGUGUGACCAGUACAAAGUUAUGGAGGACCACUUCGAUUUCUGCCUCGACGACUUUUAAUGUUAGUAUUAUGGUUUUAUUUACUAGACUAGUCUUGAGUUUUGACUCUAGGGUACGCGUAAAGUUGUCGAUCUACGACUAGCCCCCUUACGGUCAAUUCCAAUAACCUAUUUAUCUGUAGAUUUACCUACUAGAGAUAGAAUUUUGACAUAAGCUCCAUACAAAAUGUGUCAAAAUUCUAUCUCUAGUAGGCAAAUCUAUAGAUAGAUAGGUUAUUGCAAUUGGCCGUUUGUCACGUUCAGUAUCGAUAUGUUAUGGCUUUAGAAACAAAAUUCUUACAUCGCCAAUCACAAUAUCCCCCUAACUUCUCAAUCCCCUAACCCCCCUUCCCUAUCACCAAUUUCCGAAUCCCCCAUCCUGGAGAGGCGUUAGGGGGAUGAGCUUUGUUCGUAAAUCCGUCAAUUCCCAAUUCCCAAUCUGCAUACCCUCAAAAGGCUGACAACGCACUUGUAACUUAUCUGGUUUUACGAGUGUCCUUAAUCGGAUUCGAUUGCUUAUUAUCAGGUGAUCUGUCUGCUCGUAAGGCGUCCUAUUCCGUAAAAGAAACUUACUGAAUGGAAAUUGUGUCAAAUUUGUUUCUAUUAGCCAAAUGUAUCGAUAUCUGUAAUGUUGAGACUGGUCGUUAAUGACUAGUGAUGCCAAAAUUUAUUACUUUUUACUAAAUGUCAAAAUGUAGUUCCUAAAUAUUAAUGUUAUUUAUCAACUAUCUUAAUAAAUGAAAAUGAAGUAUCUAAAAUAUAUGAAUGCAUAGAAUUUCUGCUCUCGUUUCUUCUCUAUAUUUUUUUAUUUAGUAAAUAAAUUAUUUCAUGAUAAAUCUUAACUACCAAUCUAUAAUUCGUAUCAUUAUUUGAUUUCUAAAUAACAUUUAUAUUAAAAACAAUCGACAACUGAACGUUUUACCCUGUUAUAAAUGUAAUUAUAAUUAUAAUGUUGUAAAGCCUGUGGCUAUUUCUUACUGUAAUAUAUUAUUAAAGUGUUAUAUAAAUAAUGUCAUAUAACAUAACCUGAUUAUUUUAAUUUCAAUGCUAUAUUUUUUAUUUUCUUUAAUAUUCUAAUUUUCAAUGUAUCUUAAUUUUAUCUACAAUUUAAUGACUUAUGAAAUUGUAAUUAUUUAUUUAUCUAUUAUCAUUUAUUAUUCAUUGUAAAAAAUAGCCAACGUUAUGUUCUGUGAUUGGUUGAUUUAACUGUCAUUAUUUAAAUUGGCCAAUGAGAGCGUGUUUUUGUUCUAUGUAGUAAAAUGUUUUGAUAGGUCAAAUUUCAUCUACUAUUUUCGUAAUAAGUAUGGAUAGGUAAACGUUUAAAUUGAAUGUACUACAUACACAAUGGGAUAUUUUAAUAAAAUAGUUUUGUACAAAACAUUUCCAUACUUCAUAAAUUGAUAUAAUAUUGUUAUAAAUGUAUAUUUUAAUAUGUAAAAUUUCAUAUGUAGAAACAUACAAUGCAUUCUAUUUCAUAUAUUUUCCGACAAUAUUAGGUACAAAAGUGAAACAACGCUAUAUGCUACAAGGAGAAAUAAUUAAAGAUAAACAAAUAUUUAAAAUAAUUCACAGUAACAACGAAGCAAUGUAAUUUGAACCUUAUCUCAGAGGCACUAAAGUAAAAUAAGAUUUGUUUUUAUUUUAAUAGAAAAUACUAAGAUUAUAUGACCACGCCAAACAAAUUAUUCAAUUAAUUUUAACCUCUAUUGCGCUAAUAAUAAGGCUGUUUAUUUAAAUUUCAGUAGUACCCUUUAGUACUAUUGCAUAUAACACCUUACGGCUUAUGAAAUAGAAGUUAUAAUUGCUUGAAUAAGCACAAAGAGUUGUAGUAUGUCUCAAUUUAUUUGUUAAAUUGAAGAUCUUUUUACAAUUUCUCUCUCUAAUAUAAACUGCACAAAAUUAAGUCUUCCAUUCAAUGAAACUAUGAAAAGGUUUUGUUUAUAAAUACACUAUAAACUUAUUUUGUUACUUUGUCUGUAUUUAUGUAUAGUAUUUGCUAGUCCAAUUUUUAACCAUCAAAGCCUCGUCAGUCAAUCAGAAAGAAAGAAAGAGAGAACCGUUUCCUUUACUUCUUCUUUCUUUCAAUCAAUGCCUUGUUGGGGGGAGGGGGUAACCUUCAAAGUCGCCUAAAAGACUAGGGACUGAACAAUUUUUACCUCACUACACCUGGAAGGGGCACCGAGUUCUCUUAGUAGACCUGCUCCAGAGCCCCCACGGUGCAACGGCAUAUCCUCAGACCUGUUAAGGCCCAUCCCAUUCUUAAAAUCCCCACUCUAUGCAACCGCGGCCCCAAAGGUUGUAAGUUUGACUAUUGCUUAUUUAACUUUGUGGUAGAAAGCAUUAUGAAAGACGAACGAAUGACAUGUAGUUCAAAAAAUCGUUUUGACAUCUUAAUUAUUAUUAAAAUCUUUAAGGAAACUUUAAUGAAAAAUUUAAACAAAAUUUUGUGAUAAAGAAUAGAAAAUGAAUUCUGUCUCUUUUGCUUUUAAACAAAAGAUAAAGACGCCAUUAUUUAAUAAUAUAAUAUCAUUUAAUUUUAAUAUUGAUUCAUAUAAUAGUAACUAUGUAUAUGAAUAAAAAAAACAUGUAGGAUAAAAUCAAAUAUAAUCAAAUAUGCCAUCUUUAUUUUUAUAUAAACUACUUAUUGUAUAAUUUUGGUCCAAGUAAAUGUAGGAUUAGACAGUCCAUUAUGUAGUACUUUUAUUAGGGUAAUUUCAAAAUGCCUGCCCGUAGCCUGUCAAGGUAGGCAAUAGCCCUCUGUAACAGAAUAGGCUAUGAAAUAUAAAGGGCGUGGAAAUUCAUUGAAGUAUAUGAUUCCUCUAUUGCCACUUAACCUGACGUUCCUCGCUACUGGGUAAAUAAUACCACGGAAGUUUUAGUUCUAAUAUUUUGAUAUUGUGCCGUUUAUGUAGCAAUUUUCUUCAGUUUACAGAUAUAUAUUACCCGUUGAAAAGUCUUAAUACAAAAGUGGUUCAGUUUCAGCUUCUGUUUGGCAUUUGGGACUUAAAAACUUUUUGAUGGAGUCUGCAAUUAUGCCAGUUAUUUUUAAUCGUGCCCUACUAAAGCCUGGUCUCGGUUUAGCCCUUAGGCACGUAAAAUUCGUGACUAAAGCAGGGUUUCUAUCAGUUAUCUUUUUUAUGGGUCGCGACCCGUUGGUGGCUCGCUAGCAAAUUUUUGUGGGCCUUGUCUCUAGAAAGACAUACUAACCAACCGUUCUGUAUUUCGUUUUUCAUAUUGGUAACGGUUUAAUUAAAUUACCUGAAGGUGGGUUUAGGAACUUGAUUUAGAUAGGUCGUAGUUCAAAUAGCAUUGAAUUAAAGCGAUUAAAUUGAUAGAUAUUACCCAGUAGCGAUUGAUACGUAAGAUCGUCAGGUUAAAAGGUCUUUGGAUAGCUUAUAAGUUUAAAAUUUAAUUCUGAAUGUGUGAUUGAAAAUGAGACUGUAAUGUAUUUAUUUAGGAAAUUCUAAAUUUUUAGUUCUAGUACUUUGAAGUGAAUCGUUUUGGCCGCCUGCUCAUUAAAUAAAAUAUAUUUAGUUUCAAUUUUAUUGAUUUUUUUUCGUUACCUUUAAUUAUGUAUUGCGUUUAUUAAUUUGAAAAUUCUGAUAUUUUAUGAAUAUGAUAAAUUAUUUUGACUUCUAUUGCGUUCAAUAUUUAUUUAUUUUAUAUUAGGAGAACUAACACCUAAUACAAAUUUGACACAAUAGCAUAGCUUAUACUAUAAGGUUUAUAAUACCUAAUCAAGAGUUUGCGAUGUGUUAUUGUAAAGUUGACUUUCAUGAUAUCUAAUGUUUUAUAUGUUUUCAUAAUAAUUUAAUAGUUAAUUAUUGUGUUUUCUCCUUCUGUUCUGGUUUUUUUCAUAGUACUAAUGAAUUCUUUAGUUUUUAUACAAAUAAUAUACCUUUAAUAGUUAAUAUUUAUAUGUAAAUGGGAUUAUGUAUGAAUAAUAUUGCAUUAAUACUAUUACUGCCGAAUUCAGAGUUAUUUAGUAGUCACAUAAGCCACCUUAGCCAUUGUUUUCGGAACAAAAUCGUUACUACGGAAUAGUUUUUGUAAUCAUUAAACGUCUCUGAGUACGGCAGUUACUGCCGAAAUCACAGAAUUUUGAUGGUUAGUUAAAGAAUAGUUUAAGUCUUGAACUAUCAUUUAGUAACGAUUUUGUUCGUUUUCUAAAUGACUCUGAGUAAGAUGGUUAGUCUGUUUGCUUCGUGAGCUAUAAAAUAUGCUCGAUCCGGGAAUUGAACGGAACGUUCGCCCACUCAAGUUUAAUAUUAUUCACACAUGACCAUUUUUAAAACUCUUGCGUGCUAAAGUUGCCACUUGUAAUAAAUAAAUAAAUAAACUGUAAAUGUUAAGUCAUUAUAUGUAAUUGUCUGUAAUAUAAGGAAUUGAACGAACAUGUGUAGAUAUACUUACAGUACUGUGAUCCUAUGAAUAACGAUAUCAUAUCUUAUGUCAAAGAUUUAAACUUUAAAUAUAUUCAUUUAGGAGA